AAAUAUGUUGGAAUAUAUCAAAUGAGAUCGCCACAUUUGUUAGUUCGAGAUCCAGAACUUAUACAUAAUAUCCUCAUUAAGGAUUUUUCUAAUUUUAUAAAUCGUGGAAUACCAAUAGAUGUCGAAGCAGCANCGAUCGCUAAUCAUUUAUUUUUUAUGAAUGGACAGCAGUGGAGGAUUAUGAGAAAUAAAAUGAGCCCAGUUUUUACAUCUCGCAUGUUGAAAAAUAUGUAUGAUCAAAUUAAAGACUGUAGUAAUGUUUUAUUAGAAAAUAUCGAUACAAAACUAAAGCAAAACAAUAUCCUUGAAGUAAGAAGUAUGCUGGGAGAUUACUCCACCGAUGUAAUUGGUACCUGCGCAUUUGGUUUA